GAGAAUAGACAGUUCACAGUACGCAUAGCUACAUAAAACUCAUAAACAUUAGUUUAACGGCAUAUAUUGUAAUGUAGUCAUAGGGCUUAUACGUCCUUUUUCGUAAAUCAGCAAGGAGGCAAACCAAUAGGUUCAAAAAGGUGAUAUGGAAAAACAAGAGUAUAUCCCUGGACUAGAGGAAGACGCAAGUAAAUCAGGAGAAAUACAAAUUGAUGGUGCUGACUUAAUUACUGACUUUCCCUCACUAGAUGAUAACGAAUUUGAUAAUAGUGCCAUCAGUCGAACUGAGGUGUUGGAUUAUGGCGAUGAAUGUUUUUUGUUGAAAAGUGUUUUACUACCAGAAGAAUGUCAGCAUUUUAUCCAAGCAGGAGAGAGAGUAGGCUUCAGUGAAAUUUUGUAUUCUAGAGAUGAUUACAGAAGCUCACAGAGACUGUCAUUUCAAAGCUCAAAACUUGCUUCAAUUUUGUGGAAGAGAAUACAGGGGCAUUUGAAAACUAUUGUAAUUGACCAAGAUCCCCUUAAUUUACAUAUUGAAGGUGUUCCACUUUUGAUGAAAGGCACAUGGGUUCCCAAAGGUCUAAAUGAUGUAUUUCGUCUUGCACGAUACAAAGUAGGUGGACACUUUGCUCCCCAUAAUGAUGGAUUUUUUGUUCGUUCUGCUACAGAAAGGUCACUCCAAACUUUCAUGGUGUACCUAAAUGGUGAUUUCUCAGGAGGCAGCACAAAUUUUAUUGACACUUCACAAAAACUGUAUAAAGGUCCUGAUGGGAAGUACUGUGCAGAGGAAAAAAACAUUCUUUGCAAAGUCAAACCAGAAACAGGACUGGCAAUAAUAUUUAACCAUAACCGUUUACACGAAGGCGAGAAAUUAGGGAGUGGCACAAAAUACAUACUGCGCACUGAUAUCAUGUUUGAAAACAUAGCACCUUGCAAUUUGUCAAGCAAACAGGACACAGCAAUAUUGAUGCUUCAAGAAGCUGAUAGACUUGAGGCUGCUGGAAAAUGUAUACAGGCAAUGGAGCUGUUCAGAAAAGCUUACAAGUUGUGCCCAGAACUUGAAGAAACUAACAGUACUUUCAACUCUUAACUAAAACAGACAAAAAUAUGUUUGCUGUAUUUGUAAAGUAGUUCAAAAAUUGUUUAUUUUAUUUUUAAAAACAGUUUUUAACAAAAUAAUAAACUUUUGUGUUGCUUUUGUGAAAAUGUUAUUCCUAAGAUGUGUUAUUCAUGAGUGUUGGUUCAUAGUUACUCUAGUCAAGUUAUGGCAGGCUGUGUAAUGAUAUUUCAUCAUCACACUUUGGUGAAAUAAAUCAAUAAACUGAUGAAUUGUGUUAAGAUUUCUCCAUUCUUGAAAUAAUGAUCUUUAACAAACAUGAUAAAUGUAACUCUGUUGUUUAGUAUUUUGCUAGCUAUGUAUUUGUUGUUAAUAAUUAUUGUUUUUAAGGUGGAAGAUAAGCGUAAUAACUAUGCUAUACAUUUUUUUUUAAUCUGCUUUUCUCCUACUAUUAUUUAAAAGUGUGAAUUAAGAUAAAAUAGAAGGGAAAAGAAUAUUAGAAGUGGUAGAGUGUCAACUUUAUUGAGCUGGACUGUUGAAAACGUUUGUUAAUGUUUCUAAAAUUUCAAAAAUUAGUGUCUGAACAAAAAAAAUUGUAUUUUUUCUUCUAAUGACAUCUCUUAUUUUAUUACUAAUUUUUCACUUAACUUUUUUUUUGUUUCUACUUACAUGUAUGCAUAAUGUAAAACUAAAUUAUUCAAUUUAAUUU